AAUCGAACCCUAUUUUUUACAUUCAUUUUUAUAUCAAGAUCCAUGCAAAAUAUUUUGCAUAUUUUGCAACGAAAGUUGAUACUAUUUGAAUUAUACUAGUAGCUAUGCCAACAAAUAUUUAUGGCCUAUAAAAGUUAGUUGUAAAAUCCAGAAGAAAUUCUACGAAACUGCCUCAAAAGUGAAGUCGGACGGUCUGGUGGCCAGAAUUAGCAGAAAUCUAAAGGAGAAAAAAAGACCUAAACAUCAUACAUCUGGAGCUCUGCAAGAAAACAAACAGGCACACACACACACACACUCAUUCUCACAUAAUGAUGGAAGACGGACUUACCAAUGAACAGACGGAGAAGGUCUUGCAGCUGCAAGAUCUAACUGGCAUUGAAGAUAUGAGUGUGUGUCGAGACGUUUUGAUAAGACACCAAUGGGAUUUAGAGGUUGCGGUACAAGAACAAAUGAAUAUACGUGAAGGAAGGCCAUCGUCGUUUGUUGGUUCGCGGGAUGUGCGAGCGCCCGCAGUUAUAAAUGAUCGCUUCUUGCAACAGGUAUUCUCCGCCCAUAUGCCGGGAGGGCGAAUGUCGAGAAGUGGGGGCGCUGGACCCAUGCCGCGUAGUAUAACCGGCAUUAUAGGUUAUAUUCUUAAUAUGGUGUUUCAAUACUGUUAUUCUACAAUAUCAAGCAUUUUGGGUGCUUUCUUUGGGGGGAAUGAGGAGAGAAUUGUCACAGAUCCCUUGGGUGAUGUAAUGAGUUUUAUACAAGCCUAUAAUGAGCGAUAUUCCGAGCAUCCGGUCUUUUACCAGGGAACCUAUGCCCAGGCAUUGAACGAUGCUAAACAGGAAUUACGUUUCUUGCUAGUGUACCUGCAUAAGGAUCCAGCAAAGUAUCGUGACGUAGACUCAUUCUGCAGCCAGACACUGGCUAAUCGUAGCGUAAUAGAUUUCAUAAAUCGCAAUACAUUAUUUUGGGGCUGUGAUGUAUCAUCGCCAGAGGGCUAUCGUGUCUCGCACUCGAUUAGUGCUCGUUCAUUUCCCAUUAUGGUUCUGAUAGCGUUAAGGGCUAAUCGCAUGGUCAUCAUGGGUCGUUUUGAGGGUGAUUGUACGGCGGAGGAAUUGGUAAAUCGUUUGCAAACUGUGAUUAAUGCCAACGAUGUUUGGCUAAGUCAGGCUAGGGCCGAUCGCCUAGAACGCAAUUUGACACAGACCCUGCGCCAGCAACAGGACGAAGCCUAUCGUCAAAGCUUACGAGCCGAUGAGGAAAAGGAACGACUUCGUGAAUUGGAGAGGGAAAGAGAGAGAGAAGCAGAAGAGGCUUUAGAAAGGCAAAGACAAGAAGCCGAGCUACGCAAAGAGGAAAUUGUGCAGUUAAAGAUAGAUUUGGCUCAACAAGUACCCUCUGAACCACCCGCCGAUGCUCCCAAUGCAAUAAGUGUAGUCUUUAAACUGCCAAACGGUGCACGCAUUGAACGUAGAUUUUUUCAUACAAAUACAUUGCUAGAUGUUUCCAAUUACCUAUUUUGUCAUCCCUCAACACCUGAUGAGUUUGAAAUUACAACGAAUUUCCCCAAAAGGGUGUUAUAUUCAAAAUCAUAUGAGAUUGCUGCUGAUCCUGCCACAACAGCGAAGACUUUAAGGGAAGUUGGUUUAACAAAUCGAGAGGUACUAUUUGUUAAUGAUCUGGAAGCGUAAUAUAAAUACAUUGUAUUGUGAUGUAUAAAUAAAAAAUGGUGAUUUUUCAUAUACAUAGAA